AAUAAAAAUAAAUAAGAAAAUAGAUUUAAAUAUAUAGAUGCAGAACUCUUGUAUCCAUGUUUUAUUUGCUGUUAUUUUCUCAUUUCCAAUUAGAAAAUUGUGAAACCCUAAAAUUAAAAAAUAAAAAUCCCCAAAUUUGAGAAAAUUACAACUUUGUGUAAAUUCGUAUCUAUACGCCUCAGCAGCUACAGAGAGAGACGACGAUUAUAAUUCAGAAAUUCAAUUUAUCAAUCAAUCAGUCAAUAAUCACCUAUUAUAUCGUGGGAAAAAAGAGAUGCCGGCUGCUAUUAGUAAAUGUCGGACCUUUGCCAAUGUUCGUAAGCUCAAUCCAUAUUUUCAUCAUCUUCAUAAACGUUGUUUUUUAAAUCUCGGUCCAGACACUGUGGAGGAGCUAUUGGAUCGGCAUGUAGUCAAGAAACAACAAAAGAGCGUAGAUGAUGAUGCAGAUGAGAUAUUGACCCGUCAAAGACUAACCACCACCCGCCGUGAGGUACUGGCUCUUUACCGUGAUAUAAUUCGUGCAACCCGGUACUUCAUGUGGCCUGAUUCACAUGGGGUGUUGUGGCGGGAUGUUCUCCGAGCAAAUGCCCGAAAGGAGUUUGAGGAGGCUCGGUUUGAGAAAGAUCCAGAAGUUAUUACCCGGUUGCUUAUAGGUGGACAUGAUGCUGUGCAAUCUGCUAUUGAUAAACUCGUUGAAAAGCAGAAGCAGCAGAUUGCUAAGGAAAAUGCCGAUCAUGAUCGUCGAUGAUACUGAUUGCGAUGUGAUCUGAAGAGGGAAGACAUUUGAGGGUGGAGCAUAGUAUACGAGGAUAAAGCAGAUGGGGGCAAUAAGUAGUAUAUAUUGCUAUAAUGUUGAUGGUUAGUUACUUCUUUAGCCCUAUGUGAAAGAUAAGCCUGCCAUGCAUUGUGUAAUUCAAUUUGUUGUCAAGGAGCAAGAAAUUGAUGUUAAAAAAUAAUCGGUGUCUGAUUUGUGUGCAUUUGUUGUAUCCUGCAAACAUUCAUCUUGGGUUUGAAUUGUUUUGGCUGCACCCAGAAAUAGGUUGAUAUGCAUGUUGAGUUUCUGUGUACAAAUGUACAAUAUGCGUAUCAUACUAUGAUAGAAACUAACAGAUUUGAAUAAAACAAAAUGGAGAUGAAGUUAUAUAAA